GGCUGUUUCCCGGGUGAUCGUGCACAGUGGGGGCUCCUCUGCGGGGGGAAUUUUAACUACGGGAUCCUCCCCGCACGGAGAUGGAGUUUGGGCUGUUGUAGCAGCAGCAGCAGCGGCGGCAGUGGAGGGAGCGCCUCCCCGUCCAGAACCCAUAGGAAGGAAAUAGCAUUAUGUAUGCUUCAACCAAGUACAGCAGUCGGGGCCCUACCCUUAUUCCCAGGAUGAAAACUAAACACCGAAUUUACUACAUAGUCCUGUUUUCAAUUGUGCUCCUUGGACUCGUGGCCACAGGAAUGUUUCAGUUCUGGCCACAUACAAUCGAAGCGACCAAUGAGUGGACGUUUGAAAAGCGCAGCAUCCACGAUGUUCCAGAAGUCAAGCUAGCUGAAGACAGCCCUAUUCCUGAACGAGGGGACUUGAGCUGUAGAAUGCACACUUGUUUUGAUGUAUACCGUUGUGGGUAUAACCCCAAGAACAGAAUAAAAGUCUACAUCUAUCCCCUGAAAAAGUAUGUUGAUGAGUACGGCACUGUGCUUAGUAAUACCAUCUCCAAAGAAUAUAAUGAAUUGUUGACUGCCAUUUCAGAAAGUGAUUUCUACACAGAUGAUCUUAACAGGGCGUGUUUGUUUAUUCCGUCCAUUGAUGUGCUUAAUCAGAAUAACCUCAGGAUAAAGGAAACUGCACAGGCGUUGGCCCAGCUAUCCAGAUGGGAUAGAGGGACAAACCACUUGCUGUUUAAUAUGCUUCCAGGAGGCCCUCCUGAUUAUAAUACUGCACUCGACGUUCCACGUGACAGAGCCCUCCUUGCAGGUGGAGGCUUCUCUACAUGGACCUAUCGACAAGGUUAUGAUGUCAGCAUUCCAGUUUUUAGUCCAUUGUCAGCAGAUGUUAAUCUACCUGAGAAGCUACCUGGUUACAGGAUGUAUUUUAUCUUGUCUACACAAACUGCUAUCCAUUCAGAAUACCGCUCUGAAUUGGAGGCCAUGGAAGCAGAACAUGGAGACGCUUUGCUAAUCCUAGACAAAUGUACCAAUUUAUCAGAGGGUGUGCCUACCACAAGGAAACGCUGCCACAAACAUCAAGUCUAUGACUACCCACAGAUUCUACAGGAAGCCAUGUUUUGCAUUGUGUUGCGUGGAGCACGUCUUGGGCAAGCUAUAUUAAGUGAUGUCCUUCAAGCAGGCUGUGUUCCUGUGAUCGUUGGGGAUUCUUACAUCCUCCCGUUUUCAGAAGUACUGGACUGGAAAAGAGCCUCUGUGGUCAUACCUGAAGACAAGCUUUUGGAAAUGUACAGUAUUCUAAAAACUAUUCCUCAGCAACAAGUUGAAGACAUGCAGAAACGGGCGAGGUGGUUCUGGGAAGCUUAUUUUAAGUCUAUGAAAGCCAUUGCACUUGCUACUCUACAAAUUAUCAAUGACAGAAUCUAUCCAUAUGCUGCCAAAUCAUAUGAGGAUUGGAACGAUCCAACUGCUGUGAAAGUGGUGAGUGUGAACAACCCUCUCUUCCUCCCACUCAUCCCACCUCGGUCACAAGGUUUCACUGCUGUUGUUCUCACAUAUGACCGUGUUGAGAGUCUAUUCAGAGUGAUCACAGAAAUUUCUAAGGUGCCCAGCCUUUCCAAGUUGCUAGUUGUGUGGAACAACCAGAAUAAGAGCCCACCUGAAGAGUCACUAUGGCCCAAGAUUGGAGUACCCUUGAAGGUUGUAAGAACCAAAGAAAACAAACUGAGUAAUAGGUUCUUUCCUUAUGAUGAGAUUGAAACAGAAGCUGUCUUGGCGAUUGAUGAUGAUAUCAUCAUGUUGACUUCUGAUGAAUUGCAGUUUGGCUAUGAGGUGUGGCGUGAGUUUCCUGACAGGCUGGUGGGAUACCCGGGCCGACUUCAUUUGUGGGACCACGAGACGCGCAAAUGGAAAUACGAGUCUGAAUGGACGAAUGAGGUCUCAAUGGUAUUAACUGGAGCUGCCUUUUACCACAAGUAUUUUAAUUAUUUAUAUACCUACAAGAUGCCAGGAGAUAUUAAAAAUUGGGUAGAUGCUCAUAUGAACUGUGAGGACAUUGCUAUGAACUUUCUGGUAGCUAACAUGACUGGAAAAGCUCCUAUUAAGGUGACCCCGCGUAAAAAGUUCAAGUGCCCGGAGUGCACAGCAAUUGAUGGACUGUCACUGGACCAGACCCAUAUGGUGGAACGGUCAGAAUGCAUCAAUAAAUUUGCAUCUGUGUUUGGGACCUUGCCACUGAAGGUGGUGGAGCACCGAGCUGACCCAGUCUUGUACAAGGAUGACUUCCCGGAGAAGUUGAAGAGUUUCCCCAACAUUGGCAGUUUAUGAAAUGCUGGCAUUCAAAACUGUGGUCCCGUCAAGGACACCGUCUCUAUGCUGAAAGACGUGGUUUAAGCAAGGGCCAGUAACUGCAUGAUUUGAAAGCAUUGAUUUGGAAUUCAGUAUCUUCUCCUGCCUCUUUAAUGGAGUUUAUUAACUUAAAAGGAUGCAACUGCAAAGGAACAUUGUGACCUUUUUUUUUAAGUGUUGAACGUUACCAAAUUGUAAUGGUUCUUCAUCACAGAAAGUGGCUUCCUGUUUUUAAAUGAAAAUGCAUUGUGUGUUAUGAAGACUACUGGAGAUCAAAAACUCAAAUGCAACUCCUCACCAAUGACAACAUAAUGAAAACUUCCUCUUCUUGGUUCAGACAUCAAAAGACUUUGUUGACUGUUAUGUUUUCAAACUUGCUAACGUUGGACCAUGUACUGACUGCUCUAUUUUUAAUGUGCCUACAGUCAUAGUACUACAUGUUUGCUCUGCCGUGUAUGUCCAUGUUGGUUAUUUCCCUGGUAUAGUACUCCGUAAUGCUUCAAGUGAACUUACCUACAGAUGAAACAUGACUAUGUUUUCAGUCUUCACUGGUCAUUUUCAACAUUGUAACUACAACAUUCUCCUAAAAAAAAAAACCACGUCCUCCUCAAAACCUCCUAAUAAUUGUUGCUGAUGAUAACAAUUCCUUAUCUUCAGUGUUGAUAUUUUAUUUUCUCAUCAUUAUAGCAGUAUGGAAUAAUGGUUUUGAGCGUGUUAUUUUAUUAGGGAUACGGAGAUGAUAUAUUUUAAAUAAUGUAUUUAACCUAUAUUAGGUAGCAUUUUGUCACAUGAGUUAAUGAUUGCUGUCUUGUCGAAAAGAGUAGUUAAGUUUUCCCAGUGGCUCAGUGAGCCAUUGGCUGUAUAGUUUGACAAUGAGCUGUACAAGCAAUGAUGCUAACAAAAUGGGAGCAGAAGAAGGAAAUGAGGGGAGGAGGUAUGCGGGAAGAAUUGUUAAGCGUUCUUAAAUUAAGGGUGAGGGUUAAGGAAAUCAGGCAAAGCUGCUCCCAAUCAUUAUCCAGAGGACCUUGAUAAAAUGUACAGCCAUUAGACAUUGAGUAGGGGGCAUGAUUGACUGCCUUUCUUUCCUUCUUCCACCGCCCCCCCCCCCGCCCAAGUCAGAUACGCUCCCAGUGUUUAUGUGAGGUGCUGAAAGGCUGCUUUUAACUAUGCUUCAGCAUGAAUUAUUGCCUAGAGGUGGGAAAAAAACAUAAUUUAAAAGUGAGAAUCAAGUUUUGUUGACCAACAGUUACAGUAAAGGUGCUCUGAUAUUGCACAGGACCCACACUAAAGCCCUGCAAUUCUCAAAACACAGGCCUUACACAACUGACUGCAAAUCAAAUAUAAAGUUGUUUGGGAUUCAGUAGACUAGUUGCCUGUUUUUAGCAUAUCUCCCAGGCUACUGGUGUUAGUAAGUCAGGCAGUUUUACAUUUGGCAUUUAAGCAGUUGCAUGAGACCUGUGUAAUGGAAAGUCCCCCCAAUACAUGUUAACAAAGCUUAAGAUACUGACAGUACUCUAUUGUACAGCAUGCAAUUAAAUGAGGGAUUUAGCAAAUUUGAGAAUUACAUUGAACAUCUCGUGCAAUCAAGUCUUCCUGAGACAAUACAGGCAUCCAGCAACUUUAGACUAGUGAAGCUUUUUGCACAUAUUUUUAAUUGAUAUUUUCUUCCAAAGAGCUGCCUAUUGAACAGCACUCCAGUUAUAAUGUUUGUUAUUUUUUUAAUGGUGACUGUUAUAGAUUUCAUUGUUAGAAACCAAGAAUGUUCACGAUUUGCUAGCAGCUGCAUUAUUCCAUUUUAACACUACAAAAUUCGACUAUUAAUUGUCUAAUCCCAGGAUUGUAUUCUGCGAUAGUUUGAGAUGAGGAACCAUACAGGAAGCUAUUAAGGAUCUGAGUUUUUUUUUGCUUCAAAGUUGUCUUGUAAUGUCAAGGCAGAAUAUGCUUCUGUCACAGGACAGGAUAGUGCACAGUAUUUCUGAGACAAUUAAUGGAUAUAAAUCGUUGAAGGCAAAUAAGGGACAAUACCAUCAGUACCAUGCAUUACAAGGAUCAAAAUGUUGGGAGUCAAACUGGUGCUCAGCUUUUGAUGUUUUUAUACUGGCUCUAAGAAUGUUAUUCUUGCAUCUGACAACUUUUGUCAGUUGUUGAUAUUUUCAUGUUUUCCCACUGUCUGUGACCAGCGGCACAGGUACCUCAUAACUAUAUAGUGAAUAUAUUAUUAAUGUUGGGUAGCAACAAUGUUGAAGAACAGCAUUAUGAGUUGCGCAAAAUUUUAAUAAACCAUAUGCAUCUCCA